AUGUCUCGGAGAAGGCCUAAUUUCUCAACACGAACUGCUGAAGAGGAUGCAUCCAGGCUCGCUCCAAAUGACGCGACGAACGCAUCUCCAGAGGAGUCCAGCAGGCUCAAUUGGAGAUCUGCUCUUCUUUUUCGGCCGUACGAGCCAUUGAACGCUUCUGCUCGGAACUCCGACCGUCAACGUCAAUCGUUACCAUCGAAUUUUUUCAGUAAUAUCUCCCGCUGGUGGGACCAUCGAGACAAUGAGGGGGCGCAGGAUAUCGCAGCUGACAGUAUGGCCGCAAAUGUCUCCCUCUCUGCCGGACCUCUUAGAGACUCGAGUUCCGACAAGAAGGAAAGGAAUGGGGGGACAAAUCGUGCCUCAGAUCUCGUCAAUAAGCUUGGGACUUUCUCUGGAGUCUUCGUGCCGACGACACUGAAUGUCCUCAGUAUUCUGAUGUUCCUUCGAUUUGGAUUUAUCCUCGGGCAAGCUGGUUUACUUGGGAUGAUUGGACUUCUCGUCGCCUCGUAUACUAUCAAUCUGGUGACUACAAUGUCUCUUUCGGCAAUUGCAACCAACGGCACGGUUAGAGGUGGUGGUGCAUACUACCUGAUUUCUCGGUCACUGGGUCCCGAGUUUGGUGGUUCGAUCGGGAUGGUAUUCUACAUUGGCUAUGUGUUGAAUACCGGAAUGAAUGCGGUUGGUCUCGUCGAUUGCUUCACCCAGAAUUUUGGCAGCGAAUCCGGCAAUUGGGCCAAUUUCCUGGAGGAGGGAUUUUGGUGGCAGUACCUCUGGGGAACCAUUGUCUUGCUUCUGUGCACUGGAAUAUGUUUGGCUGGGAGCUCCAUUUUCGCCAGAGCCAGUAACGGAUUGCUGGUCAUUUUACUCGUGGCAACCUUCAGCAUCCCAGUCUCGGUUAUUGUUAUGAAGCCAUUCAGUAUCCCCGCGUUGAACAUCGAAUUUACUGGUAUUCGCCUGCAAACGUUACUGGAAAACUUGAAGCCCAAACUCACCAAGGGUGCUGCUGGUAGUCAAAUCCAUGGAAGGGAGAACUUCCAGGAUCUAUUUGGGAUUCUUUUCCCUGCUACAGGUGGCAUAUUUGCUGGUGCCAGCAUGUCUGGUGAUCUGAGAAAUCCUAGCAAAUCAAUACCCAAGGGGACACUGUCAGGACUGGCACUAACCUUCAUCACUUAUACGCUCGUGAUUCUGGCCUUGGCUGCCUCAAUAACGAGGGAUACGCUCUACAAGAAUACUAAUGUGAUCCAGCUGGUGAAUGUUUCCGGCAUACUUAUCCUACUAGGAGAGUUUGCGACAUCGUUUUUCUCUUCCUUGAUGGGUGUCAUCGGUUCUGCGAAGCUUCUCCAAGCCAUUGCGCGCGACAGUCUACUUCCCGGUAUUAGUAUUUUUGGUCAAGGCAGUAAAAAGAACGAUGAACCGGUCUAUGCUAUUAUCCUAACCUUUGUGGUUGCACAGCUCACGAUGCUCUUCGACAUCAACCAAAUCGCAUCCUUUGUCACUAUGACAUAUCUGAUGACCUUCCUGGUUACGAAUCUGGCAUGCUUCCUUUUAAAAAUUGGCUCUGCUCCCAAUUUCCGGCCGUCAUUCCACUACUUUAAUUGGAAGACUGCAGCAGCAGGAACUCUGAUGUGCGGUGCUAGCAUGUUUUUCGUCGAUGGACUCUAUGCCACGGGCUCCGUUGGUAUUCUGGUUAUGCUGUUUUUGCUCAUCCACUAUACAUCACCUCCGAAGUCAUGGGGCGAUGUCAGCCAAAGCUUGAUCUAUCACCAAGUUCGCAAGUAUCUGCUUCGCCUUCGACAGGAGCAUGUCAAGUUCUGGAGGCCUCAGAUUCUGCUUUUCGUAAACAAUCUCGACGAGCAGUACAAGAUGGUCUCAUUCUGCAACUCCCUCAAGAAAGGUGCGCUGUUUGUACUGGGACAUGUCCUUGUGACAGACGACUUCUCUGGCGCGGUGCCAGAAGCUCGGCGUCAACAGAAUACAUGGACAAAAUUGGUCGAAUAUUCAAAGGUAAAAGCCUUUGUGAAUAUCGCCGUGGCCCCAAGCGCGGAAUGGGGUGUCCGAAAUGUCGUUCUGAAUUCUGGAUUGGGAGGUAUGAGGCCAAAUAUCGUGGUUAUUGAUCAAUUUCGCAAAGGGCAAUCUCUUGUGGAAGUCUUACAACAUCCACAUCACAGAAAGGACUCGGUGAAUAGCAAACGCGCCUCCCAGGAUGGAACUGCCGAGCCACCACAGAAUGAUGUGCGGGACCUGUCGAUGAGCUGCAAAAGCUACGUGACUGUGCUCGAGGACCUCCUAUUCAAACUCCGUAUCAACGUUGCCGUCGCCAAAGGGUUUGAAGCCCUUGAGCUUCCUACCUCGGAUGGGCAGCAUAUGAAGAAGUACAUCGAUCUAUGGCCGAUCCAGAUGUCGGCUGAGCUUGGGGCGGAUAAUGAAAGCAAGCAAAACGUCCUGACGACGAAUUUCGAUACGUAUACUCUGAUUCUUCAGCUGGGAUGCAUCCUCAACACGGUACCAUCGUGGAAAAAGACAUACAAGCUCCGGGUAGCCGUUUUUGUGGAGUAUGAAACCGAUGUUGACGAUGAACGUGGAAGGGUCGAAGCUCUCCUCGAAAAGUUGCGAAUCGAAGCAGAAGUUCUGGUCUUCUGGCUUGCAUGCGGGAAUCUCAAGGCGUAUCGGGUCAUUGUGAAUGGCGAUACAGCUCCAGACACGGAAGAUGCCCAAGAGCGAGUCCAUACCGUGUUGGAACAUGAAGAGUGGUGGCAGGAGCUCCAGCGAUUCCGCAAUAAUGUACAAAUUCCUUCAGAGCGAUCGGGUCAGGAGAUUUUGGGGCGACUACCCGAGAGAAUGUCUAGCUGGAAUGGUAUGACGGGCCAUGAAUUGCCUUCAAGAUCUCAGAGUCAAAUGGCCGGAGGGUUGAGAAAAUUCAUUCAGUCGCGGCGUCGACGGUCCAUAUCGAGCUUAAAGGGGCUUGGGGGAGUUAAUCUCGGCAUGAAGACACAUCGAUUACUCGACUCGCUGGUUGACUACGACAGCAGUGCAAGCGAGAGCAGUAGCGAAAGUGACUUUGAGCCGUACGUCAGUGACGACGAACAACAGGAGGAAUCCGGCAAUGAUGUUGAUUCGCAAAUUGCACCCGCGCCAAAGGCCAAGCAAAGAGCACCUCAGGAUACCGCCGCCAAGCAGGAUAUUCCAUUUAUCAUCGGCACGGGGGAGGAGGGGUCUCCUAAAAGCAAGGUGACCCGGCCACCCAUCAGCCGCUCUGCAUCAAGCAAUCGUUUUACUUCAACGCCUAUUCCCGAAGCGAAGGUGAAUACGGAAGAAGGGGCUGGCCCAUCCAUCAUGUUUGCGCUGAGUUCGUCACCCCCGCGCUUCUCCAACCGGCUCGAUUCCAUCUACACCCGUCGUUCGUCCUCGGACACGAAGAGGAGCGCCUCCGGAUUCCCCAACCAGGCAUCUGUCCCUCUGUCAUUUAACGACCUCCCGAGCCGCGCCCAGCAUCUGAUUCUCAACGAAUUGAUAGCCACGCAAAGCAGCGAGACAGCGGUCAUCUUCACCACGUUACCUUCCCCAUCUGAGGGCACUGCGCAGAGCGAAGCGGCGAGCGAGUCCUACCUGGGUGAUCUGGAUGUUUUGUGGCAAGGGCUGCCUCCUUGUCUGUUGGUCCAUAGCAAUAGCAUGACCGUGACGAUGAAUUUGUAA